AUGCCUAAUCGAGACAUCAAUCUCAGCUUCUUCGAGAACACCUUCAGCAACGGCGUGAGGAAGACCGUGUCCAUGCUGCACUGUCGGUCGGACAUCCACGGUGUCGGAAGUUCUAUGCAAAGAUCUCGCUCCUCGACCAACCAGUCUCGCAGCCCACAGGACCCAGGCGCGGGGCGAUUGGACUGCAUGGGCGGCAUCACCAAAAUCAUGAGCACGUCGUCUCGAAGGAGCAGCCGCUGCUCCAAGGUUUCCUACGACGCAGACAGCAUGACGUCGUCUCCGAGGAUGGCCACCAUGGAGAGGGGCGUCACCCCAAACAGCAGGAACAGCAGAUCGAGCUCACCACAUCCGUCGCCGCAGUGUUCCCCAAAAUCGCCGCAGCAGCCUUCGCCGGUGCUUGCCAACCUGCUGAUCGAACCUACUUUUUCGGUGUAG